CGGCGGCGGCGGCUGGGUCGGGCCCCGACGGGCGGCGGCGGCUGAGGUGGAGGCGGAGGGAGGCGGCGGCGGCGGCGGCGGCGGCGGAGGAGGAGGGGGGAAGAUGGCGGCGCCCGUCCUGCUGAGAGUGUCGGUGCCGCGGUGGGAGCGGGUGGCCCGGUAUGCAGUGUGCGCCGCCGGGAUCCUGCUCUCCAUCUACGCCUACCACGUGGAGCGGGAGAAGGAGCGGGACCCUGAGCACCGGGCCCUCUGUGACCUGGGGCCCUGGGUGAAGUGCUCCGCCGCCCUUACCUCCAGAUGGGGUCGAGGAUUUGGUCUUUUGGGUUCCAUUUUUGGAAAAGAUGGUGUAUUAAACCAGCCAAACAGUGUCUUUGGACUUAUAUUUUAUAUACUACAGUUAUUACUUGGCCUCACAGCAAGCGCCGUGGCGGCUCUGAUCCUCAUGACGUCCUCCAUCAUGUCUGCCGUAGGGUCCUUGUACCUGGCCUACAUUCUGUACUUCGUGCUGAAGGAGUUCUGCAUCAUCUGCGUCACCACGUACGCGCUGAACUUCAUUCUUCUUAUCAUCAACUACAAACGACUGGUUUACUUGAAUGAGGCCUGGAAGCGGCAGCUGCAGCCCAAGCAGGACUGACACCUGAUGAACUCCUGACGGACAGUCUGAAGUCCCUUUUUCCAUUAAGUUUAUUUGGCAGCAUUUUUUUUUUUUAAUUCUUCACAACAGACACUUCCCUGAGAAUCUUAAACUGAUUUUUUAAAAUCCUGUACAUUAGAAGGGGCCCUAGCUAUUUUCUGUGUCGAUCUUCAUUUUAAAUGUGGAUACAAAAAAAAAAAAAAAAAAAGGAUCACCAAGCCAAUCAAAGACAAGCUUUAACUUUACUUUGAAGAUGUUUCUCAAAUAAUAAAAUGUAGCCCUAGCCCCAUUCCCUCCACUGUAAAGUGAGAAACCAUUGCUAGUAAUUCUCUAAUGUGUAUAAAUUCAAUUUCAGGUAUAACAAAUGUGAUCAUGACAUGAAACUAUUUUAGAAUAGAUGCUGUAUUAAAUAUUGCCAUGUUUACAAUAUGUAAUAUGUUUUUAGCUGACGGAUUUAAACAUGUAGAUUCAACUAGAAUCCAUUUUUGUGAUAUUUGUAAAUAAAGGUAGAAACAUUGGAUCCAUCCCUGCAGAACUUACUGUACGGUUUAGUUGAAGUGUAGCAAUGAAGAAUGCAGCUCAAUGUUGACUGAUGAAAUAGUGAAAGUAGGAAGUCCCUACCGAGCAUCUCGUGAAAAACACUGACAGCCAUGGGUGCAACACUGACAGCAAAAAUAUUAGGGUGGUUGGUUCCCUUUCAUCUCCAUCCUCUGAAAGGAAGAAAAUGAAUUUGUACAUUCAAGUCAAUUCUGUGUUUAGGCGUAAAACUGGAUGAAUUAUAACCUUACAGAAGGAGCUGUGUGACCAGACCUUCAAGUCCAAGGCCUUCGGAACACUAAUGAUUUGGGAAAUGGGUAUAUUUCUUUGGAGAAAAACUGGAAAUAUUAAUAUGGCAUUUUCAGGUAAAGCCUCUUGACAGUAGUUGAAUUUUCACAGAUGAUUUUACUUAAUAUUGGUGCCAGUCAACUAAACAGUAUUAGAACUUGGAAAUAACCAGUGUAAGCCCCAGUGCUCAAGGAGAAUUGCCCUUCGGUCUUUCCACGGUGUUCUCAUUGUUUCUUUCUGCACUAAUUGGAUAUCUGGUUUAAUUGUUUCAGAGUCGGACAUUGGAUCUGUGAACUUUAGGGCUGACACACUGCUCAGUUUACUUAAUUGGGAGAAGUACUAUAGGUAGAAAUAUCUAGGAGCAAAAUACAGUAAUGUCAUCACUGCUCUAUUAACUACACAAAUGCAGUAAGCAGAAUUUCUUAAAGUGAUUUGAAUAAACCUGAGUGAAAUAGUGACAGUAUGUUUCUAUGGUUAACAUCUUCUGCCAGAGUGUUAAAAGUGCCUUCUGUCUUAAAAUCUCAAACCAAAUAUUUUGUGUGUGAAUCUGGGCAGAAGUGUCCCCCCCUCCUUUCUGUCAAGUGGAAAACUUGUGUUCUGCAAAAAGGUUCUGAAUGAUCAUUUUAUUCUUUAGAUUGAGAAGCAGUAGCAGUGUUUUUGCUUCCAAUUCAACUAAUUGUUCUGUUAAAAAUAGGCAAUUAGAUUGGUGAGUUUUGAGUGUUCUACUUGCCUUCUUAGCGAAGGGAGGGGGCGGGCCCGCUCUGAAAAGUAAAGUGUGUACAGAGUCAGCAGCUAUCUAGCAGUUUACAGCUGUUCACUGAUGCAGUGUAGUCCUUCUGGCCCAAGGCAGGUAUCAAAUCUGAAUUGUAAUGAACUUUUAACCGGUCUUAACCAGUUCGUUAAAAGAUAGCUUAACUCAGAUUUCAUCGAGGCUUAUGUUUUCCCAUGAAUGUGAAUAUCUCAAUGCCUGUUUUAUUAUGUACGUGUUGUUCUUGUAUUGUCAAGUGGUUACAGAAUUCUAGGAAGCACUGACUGAAUGCCGGUUCCUGUGGAGAAGUCAGUCCUCUGAUCUGAGAACUGUGCAGUGAGGUCAUCUGUGCCAGUGUGUGUGGUUCUCCCAAGGCAGUUCACAAACUAGAGUGGAAAUGGCUUCACCGUGAAGACUUCUGUGGUAUUUAUAACACCGCUAGUGCUAAACAAGUUCCUCGUGUCCCAGUCUCAAAAGGUUUUUGUCACAUUUUGUAUCAGUCAGCAGAGUAUAGUUAAAGCUUGUCUUGAGGUUACAGUCUUGAAAAUGUCUUCAACUCUCAAAUGAGAAAACAAGGAAAGUCAUUCAGCCAGACCCUUCAAGUUUUUCCUUUACUUUUAUAAGCCUUGGGGAAACCACUGUUUCAGUUGUAUAAAAAUAAAUAAAUUUUUUUAAAAAGCCACAUUCCUAUGACGCAGUAAAAUCAACGCCCCUUUUCUCGCUGCGAGAUGAACAUGUGCUGCCUGCAAUGGCAGGAGUGUGAUGCCGGUGUCUCAGUAAGUGACAUAUGCCCUGGAAAACUAUAGGCCCUCUCCCCCCCACCACUACAUUCUUCUCCACCCACAAGGGGGAGGAAAUGCCAUGUGAUAAAGUUUGAAGAUUGCUAUAAUUCCAGACUGAAUACGUAUAAACUGUGGCAUUGCUGGCCACCAGGGCUGACGGCCAGGCUAGGGAAAGAAUCGCUUACAGCAGGAAUUCCCACUUCAUGUGUUUGGAGUGGUUUAUUACAGAGGAAGCCUCUAUUAACAGUUAUAAAUAUUUGAAGGGGGAAAGUAUGGUUAAAGGAUAAAUCCUAGGGAAUCUGGGUGGUUUGGAGGAUUUCAUUUGGUUUUUCAUUGCAGCUAGCUGCUGUCAGUGAGGGUAAAACUUCUGGUGAAAUAACUCAGGUUUAAUUAGCUGUGUGCCAGGAAUUACUUCAUGUAUGUAUCCCCUCCUUAAAUUCAUUACUUUUCAAGAAUGUUGAAAGUACUGACUAUUUUCAUACAGAAGCAAAGAUGAUUUGUCAUGUGGUACAAGGGGUCUUUGGACCUACUUGAUAAGAUCCAGGACCAGGCUACAAUAAAAUUAAAAAUUCUUUGUUGGCUUUUGUUCUUCAUUUAUGCCUUUUCAAAGACUGCCAAAGUGCAGAGCUGUCUUAGGCAAUUACUUCAUAACUUAGAUCAGCAACACUGCUUGACAACCAGUGAGUACCAGGAAAUCUUGUCUAGACAAAUGCCAACAAAGAAACCCACUCUCAUUUUCAGUAGCCUCUGGGGAGAUGGACCCGACAGGCCGCCUCUGUCCUCACGAGUUGUCCUGCAGCACACAGCACGUCUUGCAGAGAGACUUUAGGCAGCAGUUAUGAUUCCUAGUUUGUGAGAACUACCCUUCAGCGAAACAAAAGGGGCGGGGGUGGGAGUCCAGGCUACAUGGUUAAACAUUUUUUUCAACAAAUUAGCCCAUAAAAGGUGAAAUGUUUUGUUAUAAAACUGUAUUAAGCAUGGCCUAAUUAUUAGGUGUAUGAUCUGUAUAGUAUGUUCCAUCAGAAAUAUUUAUUACUAGUGCUUUGAGCGCCUGAGUAAACAUUCAUUUGAAAUGGAGUUCACUGGGCAGAUUCCCCUUUAACGGAGAUAGAAAUGUUCUUUAUCAGAGGUUUAGGGCACCAUUUUGCUAACUGGUAAAUAAAAACAAAUGUAAAUAUGUAAGAAUGUUUAUUUGUUGCACAUAACUUUUUUGGUAUAAAAUAAAUGUAGAAGUUACCUGUGGAA